GCUCGCCGUUCCACGCCAGGUAAGCCCACAUUAUUGAUGUGUUCCGUACUUGGAGAGGGGCCACGAGGAAUGCGAUCGCUGCUGUCCCUGCAACGACACCGCUUUGCCUCGAUGUGACGAGCUGAAGAAUGCUUUCUCGUGGUCCUCCCAGAAGCACACUCUUCGCGCUCCGGACGGACAUGGCCCACUAACAUGACACCCGCCCUCAGAUACCUCACGCCGCACUCCCUCGCGCCCUGAGAAUCUACCGCCAAAAUGGUCAAGACUUCCGUCCUCAACGAUGCGCUCAAUGCCAUCAACAACGCCGAGAAGACCGGCAAGCGCCAGGUUAUGAUCCGCCCAUCCUCCAAGGUCAUCGUUAAGUUCCUCCAGGUCAUGCAGAAGCACGGCUACAUUGGAGAGUUCGAAGAGGUCGAUGACCACCGCAACGGCAAGAUCGUGAUCCAGCUUACCGGUCGUCUCAACAAGACUGGUGUCAUCUCUCCACGCUACAACGUCCAGCUCACGGACCUCGAGAAGUGGGUUGUCAAGCUCCUGCCAUCUCGUCAAUUCGGCUACAUUGUCCUCACUACCUCUGCCGGUAUCAUGGACCACGAGGAGGCCAGGAGAAAGCACGUGGCUGGCAAGGUCAUCGGUUUCUUCUAUUAGGAACAUAUCCUGGAAGCCGAUGGUUGCAUGAGCACUUACAAUCACCGCGCCACACCACAGGUAGUCGCCGAAUCAAAAGUUCUUCCAGUCCCUGUGUACUCACUCGAUCCAUCCCGAACUCUCUUCUCGACUUUGCGCGAACACACUUGACCACCUGUCAUGCUGCUAUUAAUGUAUGCCAAGAAGUUUUCUC